AUGUCUAAACGCCCUCGCAGCGCCUCGCCAACCCUCUCAGCGGGUCAAUCGUCUCACACUGUGACGAAAUCUCCUUCACCCGCAUCAUCAGCGCAUUCCACUGAACGCUCCAAGAUGGUCUUACAAGACACAGCCCAGCCUGCCGUUGAAGUAAUGCGGUGCUCACUCCCGCCUCACCGAGAUACUCUCUCUUUCUCUUCGUACGAAGACUACGAAGUACACUAUCGAAAGACGCAUGUCAAUCGCUGCUCAGAGUGCGGGAAGAACUUCCCUACAGAUCGAUACCUCGACCUGCAUAUCGAAGAGGUCCAUGAUCCGCUCAUUGCGGCGAAACGAGACAAGGGAGAGAAAACGUAUAGUUGCUUCAUUGAGGAUUGCGAGCGGAAAUGCUCCACGCCUCAAAAACGUCGGAUGCAUUUGAUUGAUAAACACAUGUUCCCCAGGACCUACAAUUUCUACAUCGUCAAGGACGGCAUCGAUGAGCAAACAUCCAUGCUACGAUCUCCCAAUGCGCAGCGACGCCGCAUAUCCGCUACGGCCACAGCACCAUCGCCGCAAGAAGGCCGGCUGCGAAACCGAAGAACAUCCGAAUCCUACUCUCCCGUGAUCUCCCAUCCAACGUCUCGGCAACCCGUAGCUCAACAGACGCAUGAGGAGCCGGAGAUUGCUCAGCUUGAGAGAUCCAUGUCCGCGUUGCGGUUUGUCCCGACGAGUGUUGUUAAGAGCCAGGGCCGGACUGGAAGUAGGCCAUGA